AAUGUAAAGAACAGCGCGUCUUUCUAAACGCAGUCUGAAACAGCCGGCUCACAAUGGACGAAGAAGCUAAAAUGCCGACGUGUCUGCUGGACCUGCCCUGGGAGGACGUGCUUGUUCCACAUAUUUUGUGCCAUUUGCCGCUGCAACACCUGGUCAGCCUGCAGAGGGUGAGCAAGCAGUUCCACAGCCUCAUCCAGGUGUACCUGGCCAACUGCAGGACCUUUAAUCUGUCCCCGAUCGGACCGUGCAUUCCCAAGGAGGCGUUUUGCUCCAUGCUAAAGGACAAUAAAGUUCUCCAGAACCUGUCACUGCAGAACUGUUCCGACUGGGUGACGGACAAGGAGCUGCUGCCAGUCAUCGGCCAGAACCAGCAUCUGCAGAAAGUGGACAUGAGCGGGUGUGCUUGGCUCACCCGCCACUCCCUGGUGGCCGUGUCCUUGAGCUGCAUGCACCUCCAGCACCUCGGCCUGGCGCACUGCGAGUGGGUGGACAGCCUGUCCCUGCGCAGCCUGGCUGACCACUGCGGGGGGCUGCAGUCUAUCGACCUCACCGCCUGCCGCCAGCUGAAGGACGACGCCAUCUGCUACCUGGCCAAGAAGUGCUUGCAGUUGAAGUCUUUAUCUUUGGCGGUCAAUGCCAAUGUUACAGACGAGUCGGUGGAGGAGGUGGCCAAGAACUGCAGGGGCCUGGAGCAGCUGGACCUGACAGGUUGCCUGCGGGUCAGGAACCAGUCCAUCAGGACUCUUGCAGAGUAUUGCCCGAAGCUGCAGUCCCUGAAGGUGAAUCACUGUCACAAUGUGACAGAGUCGAGCCUGGAUCCUUUACGGAAGCGCAACGUAGUGAUUGAUGUGGAGCCGCCUCUGCAGAGGGCACUGGUACUUCUUCAGGAUGUGCUGGGGUUCGCUCCCUUUAUCAAUCUCCAGAUAUAGCCAAAGGGCAAUCUGUCUGUCCAACAGGUGCACACAGGUGGGUACGAUCAGCAGCAUACAUUCUGCACUGUAUGAGUUUCUGACAUAUUUAUGUAGAAAUCUGUCAACAAAUAUUGCCAGGACUCAUCACACAAUGAAUUUAUUACUAGCUUUUUCGGAUAGGAGUGACACAGACGAUGGCAGUGGCAGUCAAUCUUUUUUUUUUUUUUUAUCAACUAUUGCCAAACUUUUUUUUUUCCAGGUGUCUUCAUAACAGCAGCCAGUUUCAGCUGCAUCACACGGACAUGUAUGAGAAAUCAGGAAGACAUGCACUCGUGUUUUUAACGGCAAAAUAAUUUGGACAAAAAAAAAAUAGAACCCACUAGAAUGUCAUCUGUGAUCCAAGUUUAAGAUGGAGCCGACAAUAAGCCAUGUACUUUUAAGAAUUGCUGCCUCGUGUCCAAAAGAUGUCGCUGCACUGUUCCUUAAUCAUUUAGUGUCGUAAUGUUGUGGCUUUAUAGGAAAGCAGUUCUAACCAAAGUACGGUGUCUUGUUCUGUUGUUUUUUUUAAACAAAGUACGAAGCAAUUAUGUUUCAUUUAGAAACAUCUAAAAAAUGUUUGAGUUUAAUUAAACAUUUUAUUUUGCAUGUACUGUAUGUGCAAGCUUAAAGGGUCUAUUCAUCCCAAUCUCACCAGAACAUUCUAUCACUUCCUAUUACUUUGGUGUUAGUUUUAUUCUGUUGACUAUCUUCACUUCUGCUGCCACCGACCAGCGAUGAAGGUGAAUGCAGUUCUGUCUGCGGUUCUGACCACACGUCUUCCAGAAACGGUGGUUGCGGUCGAAUAGUUGAUCCAAUUUGUGUCCUGUUUUGUUUUCUUAAACACUUUUCCUCGACCUUGAUGGCAAACGUCAGGAGGUCGAGGAAAGGCGUGAAGGAGAAUUCAUAAGGACUUGGGGAAAAGACGGGCACGGCGCUGCGAGAAUGGGAUUGGACUAACGCUAGGCUACGUAGCCGUGCGGAUGUUGUUCGCCGUGUCGAGGCUACGGCGUUCUGAAGAUGGACUACUACAAGCACAUUGUGGAUACGUCGCCCUGCGUGUUGUUGCCGUGCUCUGUCAUGCAGAUGACUAAACAAGAAUCCGGUGAAACAUAUUACCGAGGAUGGACUUCAAAUCAACAAAGACGUUUAAGUUGCCCGCCUCAAGGACGCUAAAGCUCAGCACCCUCCUGUCUGCACACAUCCAUGAAAACAGUUGUUAAAUUUAUGCACGGCUGUGUCAGACCUACAAAUCAACCGCUGUACAUGUCACUCUUACAUUUCAACCACGGUGGGGUGUCGUCUGGCUUAGAAAACACCUUGAAUGUUGCUGCAAGGAAUUGUGGGACAGCAUUGUGUCUGGUUGCUCUGUGAAGGAUGGUCCAGUAAAAGAAAGCAGUGAUCCUGUGCAGUCAGAGAAUCAACCGGCUCUUAUCACGGCUGCCGUUUCUGGGUUAUUUCACUCAGUUCUAAACUUUCCUAAUCAAAAAUAGUCUAUUCAGCCGCAGCCAGUGUCCUGGUUCCUCAGGAUGAUCCACAGACCUCACCGUUUCCUACUGCUUCCCAGUGAGGCUGUUUGCAUGACACGAUGUGAGAUAAGUGGACAGAUAUCACCAUUUUUUUGUGACGUGAGUGAAGUAACCCUUUAAUCCACAUUGUUAAUUAAUGCAUAGCCUUAGCACUUGUCUGAUAUACGACUGUUUCCCCCGUUGAGUCUCCAGAAUGGAUUUUGUAAAAAGUUGAACGAUGCUGUUUCCCUGUACCACGGUGUGUGACUUCUGUAAGAAACAAUAAAGUGUAAAACACCACCAGA